AUGAAACCACCUUUAAAGAGAGAAGAUUCAUUUUUACAACGCUUUUCCACUAGGCAGAUACCAGAGACGCAAGAAACUGUAGAGGACACCGGCAGCGAAGGAGAUAAUCAUUCAGCUCCACGUCGACGAAGGAGACACCGAAAACAACCGAGGACCGUCGUUAAUCCCGAUUCGAACUUUUAUUUUUAUUGGUUACUAGUUUUAACAGUGUGUGUUUUGUACAAUCUUUGGACGUUAAUAGUGCGUGAAAGUUUUCCUGAACUUCAGGAAAUGAUUUCAAGUUUUUGGCUAACCUGUGAUUCCAUGAGUGAUUUGGUGUUCAUUUUGGACUUGGCCGUACAACUUCGGACCGGAUAUUUGGAACAAGGGCUGAUGGUGUACGAUUCGAAAAAAUUAGCCUCUCACUACUUACGCUCUCGUGCCUUUUUGCUGGACUUGGCAGCUUUAUGUCCACUUGAUCUUCUCCAAAUUAGGUUAGGAUGGCAUCCGUUACUAAGAUGUCCGAGAUUUUUAAAGGUAUAUUUUUACUAUCGUAAGUUACCUGAUUGGGGUCUUCAUCUUUGCAACAAUUGUAGCUUUGUAUGUGCUGGUAGUAUCAUACAAAACCUAUGUCCGGCCGAUAUUAGAAUAUGACAAGUUGGCAAUGUGAUAACUAACCGAAAUGCUAACAGAUUAGAAUUUGAACGUCUUCUAGAUGGAGCCAAAACUUACAUGAGGCAUCACAAGGUAACUAUAUUCCAAGAGUGCCAACCAGAAUUUUUAAGGGAUUUAGUCCUAAAAAUGAAAGCAUAUAUUUUCACACCGGGCGAUUCGAUAUGCAGGAAAGGAGAAGUGGCUCGUGAGAUGUUUAUCAUCGCUGAUGGUAUACUGGAAGUGAUCAGCGAACACGGAAAAGUCCUAACAACGAUGAAGGCUGGAGACUUUUUUGGAGAAAUCGGAAUAUUAAAUUUGGAUGGAUUAAACAAGAGAACAGCUGACGUAAGAUCGGUGGGAUAUUCGGAGCUGUUUUCUUUGUCCCGUGAAGAUGUUUUAAACGCAAUGAAAGACUACCCGGAAGCUCAAGAGAUUCUUCAAGCUUUAGGUAGGAAGAGGCUGAUGGAGGUCAAAGCGUCAGCGCGUAACCCACCUAACAAAGACCACCAUCACGGACACUUUCACGGCACAGAAAAAGGACUCGUUGACAAAAUUAAAAGUGAAGCUAAGGGUUUAAGGAACGCCUUGAAAAAGUCAAAAACUCACCGCAGAUUGCUCAAAGAAAAACAAGAUAAUGAAGAAAAGGCCAAAAGCAACAUCUCACCUCCGAUGUUAUCUCCAACGUCUUCCACAAUUCGAUCACCACCGCCCAUAAGCGAGGAACCCUCCACGGAAGAGACAAUCGGUGCAGGUCUCCCUCUCCUCCAGCGGAUCCUUAUGCUUAAAGCCAAAGAGGAAAAGGCUAGAGCCGGUAGAACAGUCACUAUGGCUCCUAAAAGUGUGACGGGGCAGUUGUUUAGCGGAAUGAGCCUGGGAAAAAGAAAGUGUAAAGAAGAACAUUUCAAGUUACAAGGUAAUAAACUUUCACUAACAGACAAUUCUAAAGAAGAGACGACAACGAAAAUAGCUGGUUUAACAAGAAAAGAAAAUAAGCGUCAAGAAAUUUGA